AUGUUGAAAAGUGGUUUGAGUUUGGACGAUACGGAUGAUCCCGAAGAAAGAAAAAUCAACCAAGAGAUUGCCGAUUGGGAUGAAAAAUUACGCGAAUUUUUUGAAAGACGCAUUCGAGAUGAGCGAGAAUUGUCGAACUAUAUUGAAAAGCGGUCAGCCUGGUUCGAACUGCUUCGUGCGCAUAUCAGGCAGUUUCCUCAAAGAAAUUCGGAGACGGCUAGAAAUGUUGCUCGUGAAAAAGUCCUUGUGGAGCGUGCCGAACGAAUUUACGAAGACGAUUUCUUGUCGUUUUUUGAUGAUCCUUACGAUGCUGGAGUUGGCACUUCGGACUGUAGCCAUUCGACAGAUCAGAGCGAAAGUGAUGAGGGCCGCCAGAAAUUGCCGAAAAGGAAUCGCACUUUCAAUGGUGUAGGUGAACACAGAAAAGGUGGAUCUGUAAGAAGACAUACAACAGAACCGAAAAUGAGUGAAGGUAGAUGCUGUGCAGAGGAACAAGAUUCGGCUGUGGAAGAUGAAGAAAUUAGAAAACUACCGGUUAGUUUUUACUGA